UCUGCUUUUACCGCAGCAGCAGAAGAAGGAGCCCAGCUAGACAUCCCGCUAACCGCUAGUCCAGAUCUGCUCUGACUGAAACCGAACCGAGCCGAGCCGAACAUGAACGAGUCUGCUGGAGUCCGUUUCCGGCGGCUGCACCGAGCUCACGUGAUCACAGAGGAACUUCCGGAGCGGAGACACAAAGGAAGCAGCUCCUACAGUGGGAAGGUGUUCCGGGUCACUCUGCUGUCUCUGGGCGGUUUCCUGAUUCUUCUUCUUCUCAUCAUCUUCCUCAUCCUGGAGUCUCCCAUCCAGCCAGAGGCCUUCAGCUUGAAGGAGCCGCCCCAGAUGAAGGGCUGCUGGGAGCCCAACCUGCGGCUCCGGGAGGCCCGGCGGCUCUACGAGGACCAGCUUCUGGGUCCAGAGUCCAUCGUCAACAUGGGGGAUGUUUUCUUCACUGGAACAGCUGAUGGCAAAAUCCUCAAGUUGAUUGGACGGAGAAUCGUUACCUUGGCAACGCUCGGCAGGCCGCCGUGUGGCACCAGGGAGGACGAGCCCACCUGCGGGCGGCCCCUGGGCAUCAGGGCGGGGCCUAAUGGGACGUUGUUCGUAGCCGACGCCUACCUAGGCGUGUUCGAGGUCGACCCUGCUACAGGUGCAGCAACCCGGCUGGUGGCGGGGGGGCAAGAGGUCGGCGGCAGGAAGCUGUCGUUCAUCAAUGACGUGGCAGUGACGCAGGACGGCAGGAAGCUGUACUUUACCGAUUCCAGCAGCAGGUGGCAGCGCCGGGACUACCUGCACCUCAUCAUGGAGGCCACGGCGGACGGACGAGUGCUGGAGUACGACACGGAAACGCGGGAACUGACGGUCGUCAUGGAGAACCUGCGCUUCCCCAACGGCAUCCAGCUGCUGCCGGACCAGGAGUCGGUUCUGGUGGCCGAGACCACCAUGGCCCGGAUCCGCAGGGUCCAUGUGGCGGGCCUCAACAAGGGGGGCAUGGACACGUUUGUGGACAACCUGCCCGGUUUCCCGGACAACAUCCGGCCCAGCUCCUCCGGAGGAUACUGGGUCUCCAUGGCGGCGGUCCGGCCCAACCCCGGCUUCUCCAUGUUGGACUUCCUGUCCCAGAGACCAUGGGUCAAGAAGCUCAUCUUCAAGCUGUUCAGCCAGGACGUCCUCAUGAAGGCCGUCCCUCGCUACAGCCUGGUGGCCGAGAUCCAAGAUGGCGGCGUCUGUAGGCGGAGCUUCCACGACCCCAACGGCCUGGUGGCCGCCUACGUCAGCGAGGCACACGAGCAUCAUGGGAAACUCUACAUCGGAUCCUUCCGCUCGCCGUACAUUGCCGUGUUGGACCUGCAGGGACCGUAGAACUGGGUCGGACCUGGGUCCAGCCUCCCUCCCUGCUGGUUCUGAUGACCCGGUCCUGUUUGGAUCAGAACUUGGGGACUUUAAAAGCAGCUGUUGGAAGCUGAGGGGCCCAAUCUGGCCCGGUUCUGGUUCUGUUGCUCCGCCAUUAUUUCAUGUUCAGACUGAAUGUUCCUGUGUUGCUUCCCCUACUGUUCUGUUGUAGUGCUGGCCCGGUUCUGCUGGCCCGGACCAACUGUUGGGUCGACAUCAGAACUUUGGCCUGCUGAGGAACUCAGUGGGCUGCAAGGGACAGAACCAGAACCUGCAGGUUCCCGGUCCUGCUUCUGGUCCUGGUUCCGGACCCGGUUUUAACCAGUUUCCUGGGAACCUGGUCCUGGUUAAAACCGGUUCCGGACCGGUUAAGGUCCUGGUCUUGGUCCCGGUUCCAGUCCUGGACCCGGUUCCCGUCCUGUUUCUGGUUCCGGAUCCUGACCCGGUUCUAAAAAUUGUGAAAAAGUGAAAUCAGGCGAGUUAACUUGGUUCU